AUGUGGUCCCGCCUCGCCCUCGUGGGCGCUUCCCUACACGUACGGAUACAGCCCCCCUCGGGACCCCAAUGCAACGACAAGGACAUUGUCCAGGGCGGCGUGUCCCGGGCUCUCGGGGCCAUUUUCGAAGACAAUUUCGUCCCCUGGAGGCUCCGGCCACGCAACUCGGAGUUCGAACCCGACGUGUACGCCAGCGACAAGAAAUGGGUCAAGUCUCUGACCAUCUCGCACGAGGAAAGGGAGGAUUCCUCGUGCUACAAGCCGGUGGCGGGUGAGGUGGACGAGUCCUACACGUUUGAGCUAACAAAAGAUGGCGAGGCGACGAUUGAGGCCAAGACGGCCAUUGGUGUGCUCCGUGCUCUGGAGACGUUUGACGAGCCGAAAUACCCGCACCGCGGCGUCCUACUCGACGUGGCGCGCAACUGGUACCCGGUCAAGGACAUUUUGCGGACGAUUGACGCCAUCUCGUGGAACAAGAUGAACCGACUCCACAUCCACAUCACGGACUCGCAGUCGUGGCCUCUCGACAUCCCCGCCUUCCCCGAGCUUUCGGCCAAGGGAUCGUACGGCAAGGGCCGCACGUACAGCCCGGCCGACCUCGACCGCAUCCAAGAGUACGGCGCCCACCGCGGUGUCGAGGUGAUUCUCGAGAUCGACAUGCCGGGCCACAUUGGGUCCGUGGCGGAGGCGUUCCCGGAGCUGAUUGUAGCGUACAACCUCAUCCCCUACCAGUGGUGGUGUGCGCAGCCGCCGUGCGGCGCGUUCAAGCUCAACAACACGGACGUGGACCAGUUCCUCGAGACGCUGUUCGACGACCUUUUGCCCCGUGUCGCGCCUUACUCGGCCUACUUCCACACGGGCGGCGACGAGCUGAACAAGAACGACUCGAUGCUCGACGACGGCGUGCGCUCCAACGAGACGGCGGUGCUGCAGCCGCUGCUGCAGAGGUUUAUCGACAAGCAGCACGGUCGGGUCAGGAAGGCGGGUCUGGCGCCCAUGGUAUGGGAGGAGAUUCCGCUGGAGUGGAACGUGACGAUUGGUAAGGACGUGGUGGUGCAGACGUGGUUGGGCAAAGACUCGGUGAGCAGCCUCACGGCGGCGGGCCACAAGAUUAUCGACAGCAACUACAACUUUUGGUACCUCGAUUGCGGACGAGGCGCAUGGCUCAACUUUGAGAACGGCGAAGCGUACCAGCAGUUUUACCCAUUCAACGACUGGUGCGGGCCGACCAAGAGCUGGAGACUGGUCUACUCGCACGACCCGGCGGCGGGACUCAGCGAGGAGCAGGCCAAGAACGUGCUCGGAGGGGAGCUGGCAGUCUGGAGCGAGACGAUUGACCCGGUGACGUUGGACGGCAUCAUCUGGCCGCGGGCUAGCGCGGCGGGUGAGGUCCUCUGGUCGGGUCGACAGGACGCGUCGGGCCAGAACCGGAGUCAAUACGAUGCCUCGCCGCGACUUGCGGAUAUGCGAGAGCGCAUGGUGGCGCGGGGCGUGGGUGCAGCGGCGAUUACCCAGCUUUGGUGCACGCAGUCGCAGAAUCCCGAGGAAUGUGCUUACAUUGUAUAA